AUUGCAUCCCAUCCAGGAUACCUACCUCUGCGGUUGUAAAUGGAAUGCCGAGUGUAGUAGGCAUGGCGGCACUUCCAUCAUGCCAGCAGGUGGACAACACUCUACAUAUCCCUCCUUCCUCUUGUCGGAGUGGUUUUGACUUCUCGCUGCUCUUUGAAGAGUUGAUUCUGGGGAUCCUACCACUGGGCAUUGUACUCGCUUUGGCACCUUUUCGACUUGGACAUCUGUUUGGAAGACCGCGCAAAGUUGUAGCGUCCUGGCUGGCAUGGGCGAAGACAGCCGCAUGGAUCGCUUUAGCGAUCGUGCACUUGGUUCUGACGGUCCUAUGGGCCCUUCCGUCUGCGACGCGAACGGAUGCCUCAAUCGCUGCGAACGCAGUGAUGACGGUAGGAAUCCUACUUCUCUGUCUGUUUUCUUACGCAGAACACAACCUCUCCGCCCAACCGUCCUUCCUCCUCAACGUUUACCUCGGCGCAACUGUGCUAUUCGAUAUAGCAAAGACGCGAACGCUCUGGCUGCGACAUCUAGAAGAGAUCAAUAAAGCUAUUGCGAUCAUCACUUCAGUAAACGUCGGGGUUAAAGUCCUCCUCCUUCUCCUCGAGGCUACAGAGAAGCGACGCAUCCUCAGACAGGAAUACAAAAGCUACCCACCCGAGGCUCUCGCGGGGAUCUACAAUAAGUCAUUCUUCUGGUGGUUGAAUUCACUGUUCUAUCGCGGAUUUUCCAAGGUUCUGAGGGUCGAUGAUCUAUUUGUCCUCGACAAGCAAUUAGAAUCCAGGAGACUGUAUCGUAUUUUAAAGGGCGUCUGGGACGGGGGCAAAAAGGAAGGCGAGAAUGCAUUGUUUUUCGCCUGCUUGAAGGCAUUCAAAUGGCAGAUCUCAUCCGUUAUUCCACCCCGAGUCAUGUUGGCCGCCCUUAAUAUUUGCCAACCUCUAUUGCUGGAAAGGUCUCUAUCAUUCUCCGAGCAGGCUGUGAACAAAAACACCGAUAACAUCGGCUAUGGAUUGAUUGGGGCUUAUAUUCUUGUUUACACUGGCUUGGGAGUAACCAUGGGUCAAUACCAACAUCGGACGUAUCGUUCCAUCACGAUGGUCAGGGGUGGGGUUGUUUCCAUGAUCUACGAAAAGGCGUGCACCCUAAGUACCAAAGAUGCAGACCCUGCGUCUUCUGUCACAUUGAUGAGUGCAGAUAUUGAGAGAAUUGUGCAAGGAUGGCAAACUAUGCAUGAUAUCUGGGGCAACGCCCUCGAGAUUGGUCUAGCGAUUUACCUUCUCGAAAGACAGUUGGGAUUAUCUUGUGUAGUCCCUGUCGUUGUCGCUGUUGUGGCCCUAGUAGGUUCGCUUAUAGGAAUGUCUUUCGUGAUGUCAAGACAAGCUAUGUGGCUCGAGGCCAUUGAGAGGCGCAUCUCGUCGACUUCUUCAAUGCUUGCUUCUAUGAAAGGUAUCAAGAUGCUUGGCCUUCAAUCAGCACUUAUGAAAUGUGUCCACAAUUUACGACUCGAUGAAAUGAGCAUUUCCAGGAAUUUCCGGAAGCUUUUGGUCUGGAAUAUGGCUUUAGCUUGGCUCACGCGCAUAUUUGCGCCAGUUUGUGCAUUUGGCGCUUUCGUCGGGAUCUCUCACGAUCAAGGAAAUGAUGCUGCCUUGAACACAUCCGUCGUCUACACGUCACUAUCACUGUUCUCACUUUUGUCAGAUCCUCUCCUUUCCCUUGUCAUGGCUUUGAUGACGUUCGCUGGGUCAGUCGGGUCUUUCAAGAGAAUCCAGGAAUUUCUCCAGCAGGAAGGUCACACUGAUUUUAGAAAUAAGGCUUCCGCGCCUCCCCAAUAUACCCUCGAUGAAAAGACACAGAUGACCGUGGUUAACGACACGGAGACCAGCACCGAUGAAUCAAAAUCAUUCUCUUCCCACUCAUUGAAAGAAAGCCUUCCGUCUUCGAACCAAAACGUUGUUGCUAUUCACAAUGGUGCUUUUGGGUGGGAUACGACGGAAGAACCGUUACUGAAGAACCUGACGAUUACGAUACCGCAAGGUGGCUUCACGAUACUGAUUGGGCCUUCCGGCUGUGGAAAGUCAACAUUGCUGAAAGCUCUUCUUGGAGAAGUCCCUUGUUUGAAUGGAGACAUCGAGAUUUCUCUGGACAGCCUCAGCUUCUGCGAACAGACACCUUGGCACAUGAAUGGGACAAUUCGUGAUUGCAUUAUCGCGAUGUCUGACUUCGACAGCCAGUGGUAUAACUCCGUCAUAUAUGCCUGUGCUUUGGCAGAGGAUUUUGAGCAAUUACCACGUGGUGAUCAGACCGUGAUCGGGAGUAAGGGUGUCGCUCUUAGUGGUGGUCAAAGCCAGCGCAUUGCACUUGCAAGGGCAGUCUAUGCCCGGAAAGAGGUUAUCAUUCUUGAUGAUGUUUUUAGCAGCCUCGAUGCAACAACCGAGGAUCACAUUUUCCAUCACCUAAUUGGGAACCAGGGUCUUCUACGUUCAAUAGACUCAACGAUUAUAUUCGCAUCUUCCUCUGUGAAGCGCGCCCCUUAUGCCGAUCAUAUUGUCGUACUUGACAACAAGGGCCACCUCAUUGAGCAAGGAAGCUUCAAGGCUCUUGAUUCAGCUGGCGGUUAUGUCUCGAGCUUCGCUCUGGGUCUUCCCGAGUGGGGUUACAAGGCAGACUUAUUCCCUGCAUCGGGCAUGCAAGUAGAAGUGAUGAAAAAGCCGGACAAACCUGAGACUGAGAUCGACGCUGACACUCGUGGGAAAGGCGGAGACUUAUCGAUCUACUUAUACUAUGUCCAGGCCAUUGGCUGGAUUCCUACCAUUGUCUUUAUCGUGGCGAUUGCCGGCUUUGCUUUUUGCAUCUCCUUUCCAAGCAUCUGGGUAAAAUGGUGGGCCAGCUCAAAUGAAGCGGAACCCGGCAAGCACACAGGAUAUUAUCUUGGGAUAUAUGCCAUGCUUGGUGUGAUUGGCAUGCUUUGUCUCAUGAUUGGCUGCUGGCAAAUGGUCAUUACCAUGGUUCCAAAAUCUGGUGAGGUCUUUCACCGAAAACUUCUGUCCACAGUCCUUAGUGCCCCGAUGUUGUUCUUUUCCAAAACCGAUAGCGGGGCUAUCCUCAAUAGAUUCAGUCAAGAUUUGCAGCUCAUUGACAUGGAGCUCCCCAUCGCCGCUAUAAACACUUUUGCGACCUUCACCCUCUGCAUAGCUCAGAUGAUCCUAAUGGCAAUUGCUUCGAAAUACGCCGCUAUCUCCUUUCCCCUAGUCAUUCUCAUCGUCUACCUGAUCCAGAAGAUGUAUCUGCGUACAUCUCGGCAAUUACGGUUCUUGGAUCUGGAAGAGAAAGCACCACUUUUUUCACACUUCGCCGAUUGCCUCAGUGGUCUGGUAACCCUAAGGGCCUUCGGGUGGCAGCGCGCCUUACAAGAAAAGAAUGAUAGAUUGCUCGAUCAUUCUCAAAGACCGUUUUAUCUCCUAUAUGCAAUUCAGCGCUGGCUUACUCUCAGCCUCGAUAUGGUAGUCGCGGGUAUUGCAGUUUUGCUAAUCGUGCUCGUCGUGGCGCUGAGAGGGUCCAUCAGUGCAGGAUAUGUUGGAGUAGCACUCCUGAAUGUCAUUCAGUUCAGCCAGAGCAUCAAACUCCUGAUAACUUUCUGGACGAAUCUCGAAACGCACAUUGGCUCAAUACAACGAGUCAGAUCGUUCACAGAGGAUGUGCCCUCGGAGGAUUUGCCUACAGAGAAUCAUGAGACACCACCAGAUUGGCCAUCGCAAGGAGGCAUAGAGUUUAAGUCUCUGUCUGCAGAGUAUAGGUCCUCUGAGCCAGUUCUUAGUGACGUGUCUCUGUCCAUCCGGAGUGGUGAAAAGGUGGGAAUUUGCGGGAGAACCGGAAGUGGUAAAACAUCACUCAUAAUGAGCAUGUUCCGGAUGGUCGACAUCAGCUCCGGUCAGAUUGUGAUUGAUGGGCUCGACAUAUCCAAGCUGCCACGUCGGGAGAUCCGCUCGCGGAUCAACGGAGUCUCUCAAAGCCCCCUUCUCAUGAAGGGCGAUGUAAGAACAAAUGCUGAUCCAACCGGCUGUUUCUCCGACGAAGCUAUUGAGAAUGCUCUCAGGAGCGUCGGCUUGUACUCCAAGGUCCAAGAAAAAGGCGGCCUAGAGGUCGACAUAGACGACCUCUUCCUAUCUCAUGGACAGCAACAACUCUUCUGCCUCGCACGAGCAAUCCUCCGGCCAGGGAACAUUCUUGUUCUUGACGAAGCUACAAGCAGCGUCGACACCAAAACCGAUGAAAUAAUGCAAAGGAUUAUCCGCGAAAAGUUCAGCUCCCACACCAUUCUCACUGUUGCCCACAAACUUAACACUAUCCUGGACUACGACAAAGUCGUCGUCCUCGAUGCGGGUCGGAUAGUGGAGUGCGGAAACCCGCAUACCCUGCUCACCUCGGACAAGUCACAUUUCAACAAGCUUUAUGCGAGCUUGACGAUGGAUGAACAGGAGGAGUCGCCCUAGGCUAGCGCGAUUGGCUAGCUUGAUGGCGCGGAGCGCAAAGCAAGGGUAACAGUACAUAGUAUGGUUCAUUUUUUAUUAUUACGUAAAUUUAGGGACAAUUAAUAGUAGUUUAAUC